UGGGGGCAGGAAACGUCAGUGACGUCGUGCCGCAGCUCCCACCCGGGACACUUUGUAGAGACGCACGGAUGUUUAUUUGCGUUCUCAGCGGCCGGGAUGAGCGCGAGGAGGAUGCCGGAGCACCCCGUCCAAAGCGCGUUCCUCGUGGGCAGAAAGGCAAGGAAAUGACCGGCUAGCUUAGCAGGCUGCUAGCCGGCGCUCCGUGGGGAAAAUUGGCUAAUCGUAACUAAGCUAGCGACGUUUCACAUCUGUGCCGCGAGCCCGACCGCGGGAGUGGAAGGACGGCGGAUCUGGUGGAUAGAAAAGAGGAGAUGGAGCUGUUUCAAGCCAAAGACGAGUACAUUCUUCAGAGCGGGGACCGGGCGCUGUGGUGCAGCCGGAAGGACGGCUCCGUGACACUCAGAGCGGCCACGGAUCUGCUGCUGGCCUGGAAUCCGGUCUGUCUGGGUUUGGUGGAAGGCAUCGUUGGAAAGAUCCAGCUUCACACAGACUUGCCCCUGGGCCUGGUUUUAAUCCGUCAGAAAGCACUGGUGGGUCAUUUACCCGGAAACCACAAAGUCUACAAGAUCACCAAGAUCGCAGUGAUUCCUCUGUCGGACGAGGAGCCUCUGGAGCUGGAGCUGGAGCUUUGCAAAAAACAUCAUUUUGGCAUCGAUAAGCCUGAGAAGCUGGUCCAGUCUCCGGAGGAUUCCAAGUUUCUGAUCAAAACGUUCAGUCAGAUCAAAUCUAACGUGGCGGUUCCCAUCAAGAAAAAGUAUCCCCCUGCCUUCCAGGCCAAGGAAAACAAGGAGAAGGAGCGUCUGGAGAGGCGCCUGCUGGAAGAGCUCUACAAGAUAUUCAUGGACUCCGACUCCUUCUACUACAGCCUGACCUAUGACCUGACCAACAGCGUGCAGCGCCAGGGAGACUCGGACAGGUCGGGCUUACCCUUGUGGAAGCAGGUGGACGACCGUUUCUUCUGGAACAAGCACAUGAUCCAAGACGUCAUCGACCUCCAGGUCCCAGAGGCCGACCUUUGGGUGACCCCCAUCAUCCAGGGCUUUGUGCAGGUGGAGGAGCUGGUGGUCAAUUACAACGAAACGUCCGAUGAGGAGCGGAGCAGUCCAGAGUCUCCACCAAAGGAGAUCACCUGUGUGGACGACAUCCACCCUCGCUUCACGGUGGCCCUGAUCUCCAGGCGGAGCCGGCACCGUGCAGGGAUGCGGUACAAGCGCAGAGGCGUGGACACGGACGGCCACGUGGCGAACUACGUGGAGACGGAGCAGCUGAUCCACGUGCACAGCCACACUCUGUCCUUCGUGCAGACACGAGGAUCUGUGCCGGUUUUCUGGAGCCAGGCGGGGUAUCGCUACAACCCCCGGCCGCGCAUCGAGAAAGGAGAGAAGGAGACCAUGCCGUUCUUCGCUGCUCACUUUGAGGAACAGCUUCGACUUUAUAAGAAGCAGGUCAUCAUUAACCUGAUAGACCAGAGCGGACGGGAGAAGAUCAUCGGUGACGCGUUUCUGAAGCAGGUUCUGCUCUAUAACAACCCCAACCUCACAUACGUGUCCUUUGACUUCCAUGAGCAUUGUCGCGGCAUGAAGUUUGAGAACGUGCAGACGCUGACAGAUGCCAUCUCUGACAUCAUCACAGACAUGAAAUGGGCCUGGGUGGACCAAGCAGGCGUCAUCUGCAAACAGGAGGGCUUCUUCCGGGUCAACUGUGUGGACUGUCUGGACAGAACCAACGUGGUUCAAGCUGCCAUUGCUCGGGUCGUGAUGGAGCAACAACUGAAGAAACUGGGCGUGAUGCCUCCAGAACAGCCCCUGCCUCUCAAAUGCUACCGGAUCUACCAGGUCAUGUGGGCCAACAACGGCGACACCAUCAGCAGGCAGUAUGCAGGAACCGCGGCACUCAAGGGAGACUUCACCCGGACGGGGGAGAGGAAGCUAGCUGGAGUGAUGAAAGAUGGCGUGAACUCUGCCAACCGUUACUACCUGAACCGUUUCAGAGACGCCUACAGACAAGCCGUUAUCGACUUGAUGAUGGGCGUGCCGGUCACAGAGGACCUCUACUCCAUCUUCAGUAAGGAGAAGGAGCACGAAGAAAAGGAGAAGGAGAGCCAGAGAGGAGCCCAGGAGCAGGUCAGCCUGCUGCUGCAGACCUACAUGCAGCUGCUGCUGCCGGAUGACGAGCAGUUCCACGGCGGUUGGGCCCUCAUCGGUUGUGACAUGAGCCUGAUGGAUGCAAACAGCAAAGACGUGGACGUGUUGUUGCUCCUGUCUGAUAAGGCUUAUUACAUCGCCUACUACGAUGAAGAGGCAGAUAAAGUGGAUCAGUACCAGCGGCUGAACUUGGAGGGACUGGAAAAGAUAGAGAUUGGUCCAGAGCCCACUCUGUUUGGGAAGCCAAAGUUCUGCUGCAUGCGUUUGCACUACAGGAACGGAGACACAAGUGGAUACUUCCACACUCUAAGAGCAGCAACACGUCACCCAGAGGAUGAUGGGAAAGAUACUCUGCAGUGCAUCGCUGAGAUGCUUCGGAUAACCAAACAGUCCUCAGGCCUGGACCUGCUGGUGGUGGAGAAGCGGCUGGAUAGGCGGCAGAGCAAACCUCACGAGGACAUCAUGGGGAUCCAGAACAAACCAGCUGACCAGGCUCAGGGCAGCUCCGGUCUGGCUCAGGGCCGAAGUUUCCUCCUCAACAAGUUCUCCUCUCUCAAUCAGAAGGUGAAACAGACCAAGACCAACAUGGGCCCCUUCAAGCCUCUGGGCAAACUGGGGAACUUCUCCAAGCCGGAGGUGACGGUAAAUUUUCUGAAACCAAAUAUGCAAGUGAACCUGUGGAAGUCUGACAGCAGCCUGGAGACGUCAGACGGCCCCAUCCCAGGGGCCCUGAAGAACGCAGACGGCAAGGACUCCUCCGAUUCAGACUCCUACAACUCAGAGCCGGAGCACCCCUGCUCAGGUUCCUUAGAAAAAGUGGACUAUGUUCUCCCCAGCUGUGGUAUCGUAGCAUCAAACCCACGUCUGGGCAGUCGCUCCCAGUCCAUCGGCAGCGCAGAACUCACCGUCCCCUCAGCUGUCCGGGUCACAGGCUGCGAUGGAACCGAAGACUGUGUCUCUCAAGUCAGCAGCGACCGGUCACCCGGAGCGGCUUCAGUGGCUGAAGAAGCCAUUCUUAUUGACUUUGGCACCCCUAUCGAGGCCUACUGCCACCAGUUUGUCCAGGACGCACACACCAAACCCGUUGAGGUGUUUGGAGAACAUCCAGCAGCUGCUGUAGCUCCACUCCACCCUGUGGUCCAAAAUAACACACCAGGAGACUCAGGCCCAGAGAAGCAGGACCAGCAUGAGCCUCAGCCCCCAAGGCCUUCCCAGCUAGAUGUUGAAACCUCUACCUCCACCUCCAACCUUCUGUCCGUCCAGAAACCUGGCUCUGCCGUCUCAGGAGGCUCCCUAAAGAGUCUGUCUUCUCAGAUGGAGGGCAGCCUCGGACCCUCGCCUGCCGACAGCAACGGCAGCCGGGUGGUGUCCCCCUUUGCCAAGAUCAGGAGCUCCAUGGUCCAGGUGGCCAGCUUCACCCAGGCAGGACUUACCCAAGGCAUCAACUAUGCUGUCGCAAAGGUACAGAAGAGCCCGGAGCCAGACACGGUGACCGAGGCCCAGGAGAACGAGCUGAAGGCAAUGUUCACGCAGUGCCAGACCAGGAUCAUCCAGAUCUAGAGCUUCUCAGGAGCAGGAGGUUGCAGUCAGACUUUUCACCCCUUCAUGGUAGCAAAAGGCUUGCAGUGACCGGGUGGAUUCCCCUCACAGUUCCAGCUCCGGGACGGUGGUCUUCACACACCCAAUUACCAAAAGACGGGUCAAUGUGCGUCAUUGAGAAAACGGCAACAAACAUGACACGAAACUUAAAGGAUAAGUAGGAAGCUUCAAUUCACUCCAGACAUUCCUCUACUGUUACAGUUCCACAUGUUUUCCUGAAGUCCACCAAGUUUGAGACCAAGAAACUCAUUUUUUUAAAGCUUCUCCACACGCGUGUCGUUCACCAUGGUAGAAACAAUGGACUAUGUUCCCAUUGAUGUAGAGCUCAUCACUGUUGUAACACAAAUCCCAUGUAAUCCCUCUGGGCGGCGGCGUGUUGAUCUGUGUACACGUCUAUCACAGUAGCCAGGUGACGUUCUGUACGUACUUCUCCUGUAAUGUCGGUGGUGUCCAGUAAACCUAGACGAGAUGUGGUUCUAGAAGCAGCAUCUGCUCCGGAAGAGGUCCUUUAGAGUCAGACGUCCUGGGCGGAGCUGGUUCCAUUGGUGGUUGGGUGGAGCUUGUUCGGUUUGUGGAUGGGUUUGGCUCUUCUCGUUAGCAUUUAGGUGCAGUUGGAGCGAGCUCCGUCCGCGGUUGGAGCUUGUUCCACUGGCGGUUGGAGCUCGUUCCGUCCGCGGUUGGAGCGAGCUCCGUCCGCGGUUGGAGCUUGUUCCACUGGCGGUUGGAGCUCGUUCCGUCCGCGGUUGGAGCGAGCUCCGUCCGCGGUUGGAGCUUGUUCCACUGGCGGUUGGAGCUCGUUCCGUCCGCGGUUGGAGCUCGCUCUGUUGGCGGUUGGAGCUCGUUCCACUGGCGGUUGAGUGUAGGCACUUUGACAUUUAGUCAUUUAAACCAGAAUUACGUUUAUGGCUUUGCGGUUGUGCGUCCAGCCUCAGAUUGUUAACCAUCUGGCGCCAAACGUUCAUCCUACAUGCUAGAUAUGAAGCCACGCCCACCCAUGGAUCAAACACUGCUGCUUUGUGCACUCAACAGAAAUCCUGUUUGCCUUAAGCGAGGAUGGGUAGAGGUGGGUUUCUGUAUAUCAGGUGUGUCUACCUGUGUGAAUCUGUACGGGGUCACCGUCUGAGCUCUGAUUGGGUCUUAGCUGGACAGGAUGUUCCUCUGAGUCCUGAUCCCGACUUUAUUCCAGGCGCAGGCCGUGGUUGGAGGGAUGCAUCUAUCAGAUGUCGUGGUCGUCUCGGUUACGCUCUGGGCUGGCAGACGUGUGUUCAGACUGUGGUGCUGCCAAAGCUUCAGGCGGUAGCUGCAGAUGUUUGAUACCGAGGGUUAGGGGAAACGCCGUUUCCCACAUUCCAGCGGUGGCGUGGUUACAUGCAGGAGCCGACAGUGAGAGCGGUUUUCACACCGGGCACAUUUGUGACCUCCUCCACAGUGGGUUUGUCGUGGUUGUCCGCCGCCGCCGCCUUCGGGAUCUUCAGCCAGGACAUCACCACAAGAUCUUGCUGUUUGAUUUGCACUGUAGAAGCCCCUCCCCCUGAAGUCAUGUUUCUGCUGUACUCUGAUUGUAAAUUAAAGCAUCAUAUUUAUUAGCUCCUGUGUGCUGCGUGACCAAACAUGUCUUUUAUUGUGAAAUCCAUUUCCAGGAGCUGAGCUCCACAGUAUUUACAGUCCAGAAAUAAAACGUCUUAUUUGGUCCA